AUGAGGUGUAAGAAACAUUUACCGGACGUUACCAGCACCGUCGGUGUUUGCGCUUCUUGCCUCCGUGAGCGCCUCCAGCCCAUCCUCGAGGCCCAAGCCCAAGCCCAACCGUCGCGUAUCUCUGUCUCUGAGAACGAUCUUUCUCCAUCGCAGCGGUCAGUUUCUCCGUUCGUAGCUCACCGGAAAUCCGAUGACCGGCGACGGGAGGUUUUGUUUCAAACUACUCCACAGAUUGAUCGUGGAUUUGGAUUUUCCGGCGGAACGGAAACGGCACCGGUAAUAGCACCGUCGAAGCGGAGGAUAAGAAGAUUCUGGAUCUUAUCGAAUUUUUUCCGUCCGAGAUCUAACAAAACGGAGAAUUCAUCAGCAGAAUCGUACGAACCGUCUUCUUCGGUUUCUCCUCCGUCGUGGAUAUCAACGAACGUCGUUCCUGCUCGUCGGAAAAACAACAACCGCGUUAGCGAUCAAAAAAGAUCUCGUCAAUUGGAUCGUGGAGCUACACCGGUGGAUAAUUUUGAAGAAAACGAUGGAUUUGAUUCAGGAUCGGAAUCUUCGCCGCGGCAGAGGAAUAAGACGACGGCGGCGGCGGUUACGGCGCGGCGGUCGAAAUUAGGUUACGCGGGAAAAAGCUUAACGAGUAUGGCGCUGUGUUUGAGUCCGUUGGUUCGGGCGAGUCCGACUCGGCAAUGGAAUAGUCAUAAGGGAAUGGCGCCGGAAUUGGGUGUGGGUGGAGUACACCAUAUUUCCAGUGCGGCUUCAUAUUGUGCCAAUAGAUCAAGGAAGCUUGUUGAUCUUGGAAGAGUUGCUAACCGUUGA